AAACAGCCCAUUCCUCCGCCCCCCCAUCAAACUGAUGGUCUGAAAUCUGAAAACCAUCCUAAAAACCUCCUCUCCUCAUUCCUCUCUCCUUCCUAGCUGGUUGCUACUACUCUUCCAGACUUCCUCCCCUUACUGACAUACUAUCGCUUGAAGUUGAAGUCUCACUCGUAGAGAAACUUGUUACUUCUCUUUAGAUAGCAUUGACCCAGAAGCCAACCCACCCAUUGAGAAAACGAGAACUCAUAAUUGAUGGCGGCUCUGUUAGCUUGCUCUAGCGGACACACGAGUUUUCAUUCCCAUCAUCACAUAUCGAUCUCGUGUUCUUCAACUCCUCUUUCUUCCCCUUCUUCUUCUUCUUCUUUUGUCGUUUUGAAUCAAUGUCCCGCCACCACUUGCAGAACCUUCAUCAGUACCACAAAGUCUAGGUCGUCCUCCACAUUGUCUUCUUACCAUUCCAUUUUCUUAAAACCCUCUUUAGCUCUUUCCCUCUCUUCCACGAUCAAAUCAAAUGCGGUGGCUCCGCAGAAGAAUGGGUCCCUCCUCGUUUGCAUGUCCUGGGACGGUCCUCUUUCCUCUGUCAAAUUGAUCCUUCAAGGCAAAAAUAUCGAGUUAGCAGAUACCGUCAAGAGCUAUGUGGAGGAGAAAGUCGGUAAGGCCGUCCAGAAGCACAGUCACCUUGUGAGAGAAGUUGACGUGCGGUUAUCGGUUCGGGGCGGUGAGCUUAGCAGAGGUCCUAAGCUUCGCAGAUGUGAGGUUACUCUGUUCACCAAGAAACAUGGGGUGGUUCGAGCAGAGGAAGAUGCUGAGACGCUCUACGGAAGUAUAGACUUGGUUUCUUCGAUUAUUCAGAGGAAAUUGAGGAAGAUUAAGGAGAAAGAUUCGGAUCACGGUCGUCACAUGAAGGGAUUCAACAGGCUUAAGGUUCGGGAGCCGGAAGCCCAAGUAGUGGAAGAAGAUGUGGAGACAGUUCCUCAACAAGAGGAGGGAGACUUCAUAGAUGAGAUUGUCCGUACUAAAUACUUCAAUAUGCCACCACUGACUGUCAAUGAAGCCUUGGAGCAGUUGGAAAAUAUUGAUCAUGAUUUCUACGGCUUUCGAAAUGAAGAAACUGGUGAGAUUAAUAUUCUAUACAAAAGAAAAGCUGGAGGAUAUGGCUUGAUAAUUCCUAAAGGAGAUGGCAAGACUGAGACAUUGGAACCAGUGGUGAUGGAACCAGCUAAAGAACCUUCUAUGGCAGAGUAGAUGACCUAGGACGGAAGAAGAUCAUGUCGUUGUGAAGUUAGCUGUAAGUUCAAUUUAGCUACUGAUUUUUUUUACGGCAUGACAAUGUAAAAAGGAAAUAUCAUAGAUGCAGAAUCAACCAAUGGUGGGAUAUUGAUGUAUUCUAUGAAGGUUGUUUGCAAUGUUUUUCCA